GAAGGAAAACUCACCAAUCCGGGGCCAGAGGUCUGAAGCAGCGUCACCAUUUCAUAAGCCUUUCCCAAAGCUUAUAAGAGUCGCAUGACUUAUGUUUUCACAACAUUUUCUCCAUAUUAGAGAAAGACUUAACAGGCAUGGCAAGAACCAAGCAGACCGCACGUAAAUCCACCGGAGGCAAAGCCCCAAGGAAGCAGCUGGCCACCAAGGCUGCCCGUAAGAGCGCCCCGGCCACCGGUGGCGUGAAGAAGCCUCACCGUUACAGGCCCGGUACCGUGGCUCUGAGAGAGAUCCGUCGCUACCAGAAAUCCACGGAGCUGCUGAUCCGCAAGCUGCCCUUCCAGCGCCUGGUGAGAGAAAUCGCUCAGGACUUCAAGACCGACCUGCGCUUCCAGAGCUCCGCUGUCAUGGCUCUGCAGGAGUCUAGCGAGGCUUACCUGGUCGGCCUGUUCGAGGACACCAACCUUUGCGCCAUCCACGCCAAGAGGGUCACCAUCAUGCCCAAGGACAUCCAGCUGGCCCGCCGCAUCCGCGGAGAGAGGGCUUAAGACGGACCCAAAACAAGUCCACCAACACACAAAGGCUCUUUUAAAGGAAUACUCCGGAGUAAAUUCACCCUAGGUUAAUUUGAACCGUGACAUCCAGCCAAGUAGCGCACCCGAAGUUUUUCCAAUCUUGUCCGAACAUCAGCCGAGUUACGGA